UGUGAGUACUGCGUUAUCAUUUUACUGGUGGAGAACAAGCUUGGACUUGUUUCAGGAUUAUGGCCAGAAGACUGGUACAACGCGGUCUGUGUAAUUGCUACCAAGUCGCCGGUACUCAUUGCUCAAGAGAACCUGCGGUCGGAACUGAUCGACAACGCCGCAAUCAAAGGCGACACGAUUUCGCCGAAUGAAUUACAAGAGUUCCGUAACACAGUUUGUGGAGUGCUGAAUCACCAGGCCGAAGUCGUUCCUAUAGUGAAUCGAAUGGAUUUCGCUCAGUGCACCUAUCUUCUGUCGGUUCUACGCAUGGAGAAGAUGAGAGUGAUUCAUGCUGAACACAAGGAGGCGUUGCAUGAGUUCUUUAAGUAUCUCGAGGACAAAACGAUUCGAAAGGACAAGGGAGGUAUGUGGAUGUGCUUGUUAGCGGGAGCAUCGAUCGUCUUCGAAGCGUAUCUUGACAACCAUAAAAAGAGUCGAGCGGAUGAAUCAUCCGAGUCAGCGCUGGAAUACCAUGUCCAAUUCUUGCUCAUACAGUUCAAUCACAAUCUUAAGGAGGUUCGUCGUUGUGCCGAUGCUUGUCUCUCUAGACUGGUAGACAAAUUCCCAUACCUCCUCUGGAGUGGAAGAGUUUUGACGACAGCGUUACGACUCCUGCAGGAAUAUGUCUCCACAUUUGGGGCACCCACGGACACUUCAUUGCGACUUGCGAUGGAUGCGGUCACAAACGCCGGUUCUGAGAAUACCAGCAUGUAUCUGUCUUCUCUUCAUAUGAGAAGCAUGUAUCUUGGA